CGAUCCUUCCUUGGAUUUUUGGACUUCAUCUUUGUUUUACCUUUUUGGUACAACAAUAGCGCGGUAACCCACCACGUCGAUCCUCAACAUAUCGUUAUCAUGGCUCCUUUGCGUCGGUCUCAGCGUAUAGCAACUAGGAAGACCUACGAGGGCAUCGAAUCCGAACCUGAAGAUGACUACAGCGAAAAUUAUAAAGGCAAGGGCCCUAUCAAGAAGAAGCCUCGCGUCAAGAAAAUCGACCAAGAGUCGGACAAUAUCAUUCAAGCUGCUCCAAAGCGUCGUCGACUGCAUGGACUCCUCCAAAAGAUGGCAGAAACACCUUUGGACGUCCUUUUCGAGAUUUUCUCCAAUCUCGACCCCGUGGACCUCCUCCGACUGUCUCGCACAAGCAAAGACCUUCGUGUCCUUCUUCUUCAACGCUCCUCCGCUUUUGUCUGGAAGAGGGCGCGCGGAAACGUCCAAGGGUUGCCACCCUUGCCAGACGACUUGAGUGAGCCCAAGUUUGCUCAUUUGGCCUUUGAUAAACACUGUACCAAUUGUUUGCGCCCAACGAAAUUCGUCCAGUGGGAGUCAAGGACCAAAUAUUGCCGGCAAUGUCUAGAAGCUUCUGACCUUUUCCUUACUAUAUUCGAUGGCUAUAGUCUCUUUAGGACUUUUGUUCCAAGUUUCCAGUUCACGUGCACCUCUGGACGACGUGGAUAUUAUUGUUAUUUCUUUGUCCCAGCCGUCGAGACUCUGCGCGAGGAAUCCAAGUCCUUCAUUGAGGAUAAGUGCAAGUUGGCGGUUUGGAAGAUGGAGAAGGAGACUGCAUUUAGAGAACUGCGUUCUCAUGCGCGACAAUGUGAAAUCUGGACUGAAAGACGCGCACAAGAUCGCACUGAUGAACUUGCCACUGCCCGAAGCGAGAGAUUUAAAGGAGUCAUUGAACGCUUGACUGCGUUAGGAUGGGACCAGGAGGUGAAAAAUCUCGAUUUUAUUGAUGAAUUGCGUUCGCAUAAACUGGUGUGGCAGCCAAGGGCUCUCACCGAGCGAGCUUGGUCCAAUAUGUCAGAUGUUGUCAUCACCUUAGCAAAGCAGCACAAGUCCGCCCGACUAAGGGAUGAAAUGACUCGCGCCGUCGAAGAAAGGGCUCGAUCAUUUUCAGCUGCCUAUUCUGACGUUACGCGGGAUGAACCGUUGCUUCCUAUCUUCCCUAAGCCUGUGGACGUGGUAAUCCUGGAGCCUUUCUCGACACUAUUCUUCGACACACCACUAAAUUUAUCUAUUACCGACUCAUUACAGGCCAUGUGGAUCCAUCUUCCCGGUGUUGUAUCGCAGUGGCGAGAGGCUCAAACUUCUGAACUUCGAGAAGUGAUGAAGAAAGCAGGUUUAAAACCAAACAUCAACGUUGCCACAACGAUCUUCACCUGCACCAAUUGCAGUGAGAUAUGUCAAUAUCCUUACAUUUUGGCUCACCGCUGCGCGUUAUGGCAACCUUACGAAAACUUCAAUCCUGAAGACUGGAAGGCCUAUGCGUUGAGAUGCAUACCAUUCGGCGUGGCCUGGUCCGCGAGCCAAUUCACGGUCAAUGAAGAAUCAGUCAAGAAGGUGGAAUAUCUUGUCAAGACUUGUGGCCUAGACCCAGAAACUGCGACGCAUGAAGAUAUGGACGCAUUGGACUGUCGCGUAAUCUGCAACCAUUGCAGUAACGGUGAUCCAGGUGGAGGUCAAUAUGUCAUGCGAUGGCAAAACGCAGCAUGCCAUUCUGGCUACCCGACUGCCAAUGAAAAUGCCUGGACGCUUCUAGAGAACGCAAAAGACAUCAAAGAAGUCAAAAGUCUCGAGAAGUCAGAGAAAGAGCGCUGGUACCGAUGUUAUUCAUCAGAGAAGUUCGUAUGCAGCCAUUGUCAUGUCUUGAGGUCCAGAGGUCGCGACCUGGAGAACCAUCUGCUUGAGGCACACCUGAUAAGCGAAAUUUCCGCGGACGAUUGGGAGUGGUCUGUGAACAUAAGGCAUGGGCCAAGCCGGAGGGGCGUGGGGCCUUUGCAUCUAACCUCUGAAGAAAAAUCUGAUGGCCAGGUGGGGAGCGAUGGAACAAAGGUUGUCGAAGAAGUCAAGGAGGAACCCGUCAAUUAUGGCGAGGUGUCAUCGGAUGUGACUACGUAGGUCACUGGAGAGAGCCUUUUUGUUUUCGCCUUGACAAUCGCUAAUCAAUCAUCAUCUUGUAAUUACCACGUAGCGACUGGGAAAACGGGUGUGGGAAGUUGCUUCAGGGCACAAUUUGGACGGAGAACGAAAAUCUGCCAUCAAGCCGAAAAUUUAUCUCUAUGUUUUCCAU